AUGGCAAUCAAAACCGCCGAACCCGUGACCGUCUCCCUCGCCGACCUCCAAGCCAACCGCAUCCCCUUCUCCACGCUUCUCGCCGCCUUCGGCCCAGACAGUCUGGGUAUCCUCGUCGUGCGUGACCUGCCCUCCACCUUCCCCGCCCUGCGCUCCAGCGUGCUCGCCAACGCGUCCCGCCUCGCCGCCCUACCCGCCUCCACAUUACAGACACUCACCAAGCCCGCAGCCAAAUACCUGGUGGGCUGGUCGCAUGGCGUAGAGACGCUCCGCCCCGGCGUAGUCGACACCGCAAAAGGCAGCUACUACCUCAACUGCGCCUUCUACCAAGAUCCCACGCUCGAGGCGCCCCGCGCCGCGAAUGACGAGCGCUGGAACGGCUUCGAGGAGUACACAGCGGGCAACGUGUGGCCGGCCGAGGCCGACGUGCCAGAGUUCCGCACUGUGGUGGAAUCGCUCAUCACGCUGGUGAUCGACACGGCGGUGCUGGUGGCGCGGGCGUGCGAUGCGUAUGCGGAGCGAGAAGUGCCAGGGUAUGCGGCCGGGUAUCUGGAGAAGGUGGUACGGGAGAGCACGACGACCAAGGCGCGGCUGCUGCACUACUUCCCGUCGGCGACGGAGGAGACACGAGACGAAACCACGCCGGCGGCAUCGGUGGAUGGCGAGAACAGCAGCGAGAGCGAUGGCGAGAGCGACGACUGGUGCGCCACGCACCUGGACCACGGCUGCCUGACGGGCCUAACGAGCGCCAUGUUCGUCGACGAGACGGCGGACGACGCCGCCUUCCCCGAGAAUGUGGCCGAGUUGCCCGCCAGCCCGAGCCCCAAGAGCGGGCUGUACAUCAAGAGUCGGGGCGGCGAGGUGUUCAAGGUCGCGAUCCCGCGCGAUUGUCUGGCGUUUCAGACGGGGGAGACGCUGGAGCUGAUCACGCAGGGCAGGUUCAAGGCCGUGCCGCAUUUCGUGCGCGGCGUGGAUGCGAAGGACUUGAGAGAGCAGGGGAAAGAGGGCAUGCGCGUGGCGCGCAAUACGCUGGCGGUCUUUACGCAGCCGGACCUGGGGGCGGUGGUGGAUCCGCGGACGGGGUUGACGUUUGGGGAGUUUGCUAGGGGGGUGGUGGGGAGGAAUACGACUGCUGGUGGAUAG